UUUCAAAAUUUCCCAAAGUGUGCGAUAUGUUCUUCUCGGAUUGGUCAACGGAUGGUGAAACGUUCGGCGCUUCAUUACGAGUCGUAUCCGCCUCGUAGCCUCAACAUCAACGUCAACAUUCAACCUGUCUACUAUAUUCGGGAGACUCACGGUGAUCAGCCUCGUUGAAUAGCUCGUGGAAGACACGAUGCGACACUUUAGCUCGCCCAUAACUUAACACUCUUUCCAGCUUUCCGAUACUCUUUCCCCCUCUUUCGUCCUUCACAUGAAGGUAUGAGCUUCAAAGGAAACAGAAACUUCCAAGUAAACCACAGUGUCCUCAACGAUAGUUCGGGAACCGGAAAUACUUUUUCGACACAUGUUGGGGACAACUACCAUCAACAUUUCCCUGGAACCGAGUCAGGCCUUUCAAGUUUGUCAACUUGGGUCGCCUUCAGCGCUCUUCAUGACGCAAAAGCGCGUUACCCUCAGCCCAACGUUUUACAUGGUACUCGGGAAGAGAUUAUCGGGAAAUUGAGUAGUUGGUGUGAGGAUGAUUCGAAGAGUAGCAGAGUGUAUUGGGUCAAUGGUGCUGCUGGAGUGGGGAAGUCUGCGAUUGCACAAGCCCUUUCCGAAAAGUACACCCAAACCGGACAACUAGCAGCCGCAUUCUUUUUUUCAAGGAAUGAUUCCAGUCGGGAUAAGCUUGAUCCAUUUGUCGCUACCAUUGCCCAUCAGCUUGCGACUUGCAAAGCCCUUAAACCCCUCAUCGCACCCCCCAUUGACCACGUCAUCCGCUCAACGCCUGGUAUUCAGGAAAAAAAUUGGGAGGAUCAGUUUAGAAUGUUAAUACAAGAACCGUGUGCUCAAGUAGACCCGAGGUAUUGGGCUCAACUUCCACGACUUGUCAUCAUCGAUGGCGUCGACGAAUGCAUCGAUAUGGACUCUCAGAAGAGACUCCUCCGAAUGAUUCAAAACGCGACCCCCACUCUUCCCCUCGACUUCCUCAUAUUCAGCCGACCAGAACUGCAUAUCUGUGACACAUUCUCCCUCGAGUCCUUCACUCCAAAUCCUUCCCGCUUGGCAUUGGGUGACUUCGCAGAGUCGGUUCGGGCUGAUAUCAAAAGAUAUCUUUGCCAUGAAUUUGCUCGCAUCCGGAAGGAGCAUCGGCACACCCUAGACAUCUCAUCACAGGCUUCGUGGCCUGAUGACUCCGUGAUUGACCAGCUGGUAUCCAAAUCCACUGGACAGUUCAUAUUUGCAACCACCACAACGAAGUAUAUCGACACGGGAAAACUGCCCGUAACACCCGUGCUGCGGUUGGACGUUAUACUUCGUGCGAAAAGAGUGGCGAAUUCUCCAUCUCCCUACCCCGACCUGGAUCUGCUAUAUUCUCAGAUCCUAAAAUACUGUGGCUAUGAAGGCAGGAAGCUUCUGGAGAUUUUGCGGUUGAUAGUGAGCCCUUUUGAUGAAGAAACCUUGCAACGGCCCUUUCGGUUAGGUGGCUUGCCUCCAGCUAGCUUGCAAAGCUUAUGGGCUCUCGAACAACUUCUGGAACUGAGCCAAGGCGAGGCCGCUGCCCUCUUAUCUGGCUUACAUUCGAUUCUUGCCGUCUCUACCUCCAAGACACAAAAGAUCGUUGUUUUGCAUGCGUCCUUUUCCGAAUUCCUCCUCGACGCACAACGUGCAGAUGUGUACUACGUGGGGACAAAGCUUUCCUCCCAGGAGUGGUUCCAAUUACUCAUUCCAUGCCAAAUUCAAAUACUUUCCCGUUAUUGUGUCGAACACAAUCAUUGGUCUAUGCAAAGCCCCCGAAUUCAUAGUCGACCAAUCAUAGAUGCCAGGAUUGACAGUGUCGAUCUCGGUUCACUCAAUGUUUGGAAGUAUCUAGACGACAAUUGGGCAAGUAUCGCUGUCAAUGACCGAAUCACAACGGCUCUCAAUGUAUUCGAACCCCAUCUAUACCUCACUACAAUACUUCACUGGCGUUACGAACUUCUUCACAGAUUGGGGUCACGCCCGCCCAUUUUCAACGUUGAAAAAGGACUCGAAACUUACGCCUACCACCGAGACUAUUUACUAGCAGUGGAACUACAAAUAGGGAUGUUCCGCGAUGCUUAUCGAAUGUUAUUGGAGGUAUUCUCGGUGGUCUACUUUGAGGGUGAUGGACGACCAAUGACAGUUUUUAGACAUCUGAUAAACGCUCUCGUAGCUGCCUUCAGGAUUUCUUCACCAGGUGCAAGGCUUUCUUUCGCGGUUUCUAUGUGUCAUUCCCUCGUCCGAACGUUAGCAACAAUCUAGAAGAAGCUAUAAAAUACAUGCUCCUCGCAUGCCAUUUAUCCAUCUCCUGCCCCCGAGACGCCUACUCUCUCGUUGCAGAAUCUGACCCGUUCCGUAGGAAAGUAAAGCCACUCGUGGGUUGCUACCCCGACCCCAAGCGGAUGAUCCGAGUUCUGCCUUCUAAUAGUGACGUCGCGAUUCCAUCCAAAUGGGAGGUCAAAUACAUCGACGCAACCGAAGGGGAGCUUCUUCGCAAGCUUCUUGAACUCCCUCGCUUCGAUUUGUCGAUUAAUUUGCGAAGGAUCAUGAAAGCUUUGGGUUCGACUGAAAUUGAACGCUGGACGUAUAAAAUCGCUCGGUUGGAUUGGAAAACGACACGGAAAACAUAUUGGCUUGGAAAGCUGGCUCAGUCAAUAUCGAUACACAGGAGGCGGGUGAUGGGUAAGGUAGUCUUCUCAGAAGACGAACACGAUUCAGAAUGCCAACCAGUACAUUCGUCACCUGUAUAAUCGCGUUAUGAGUAUAGUAAUCUAUCAUACCACUGG